UACAGCUUGCUAUUGGUGCCCGGUGAAAUAUACUUAUGUUUUCGGAAAUUUAUUUCAAUUGAGAAGUUUCGUUGAUUGUGAUCUCAAGUUUAAAUUCGAUUUGUGAUUCGAAAUGCUGGAAAUACUUCAAAAUAACGAUAAAUGUUGGAUUUGUGAUAAUACAUCUUCAAAAAAAUGUAGCGCAUGCAAGCAAAUAAAUUAUUGCAGCAUAGAACAUCAAAAAAGUGAUUGGAAGAGGCAUAAGAAGAAUUGUAAACCUUGUAUGGUGAAAAAUGACCGGAAAAAAGGACGUUGUCUGGUCACCACACGUGAUAUUGCUCCUAAUGAAAUCAUAUUCGAUGAGGAACCUCUAGUGCUUGGGCCUCGAAAUGUAUCCCCUGAUCCGGUUUGCUUGGGGUGUCAUAUGCCGGUGUCCCCCAUAUCAUCCCCUAAAUGUGAAAAAUGUGGUUGGCCAAUCUGUGGUACGAAAUGUGCUGGACUGGAAACAACACAUCGUGCAGAAUGUGAUAUAUUGUCAGCUGGUAGAAAUAACGUUGAAAAUAAUUACAUGUAUGAAUUGAUAUUGCCUUUAAGAUGCAUUUUGCUGAAGAAAAACGAUCCUGAAAAGUGGAAUAUAUUGAUAAACAUGGAAUCGCAUUUAAAUAAGAGGACUCCUGGAACUGAAGCAUUCAAAGAAAUUGAAAUAAUUCACAAAUACUUGGAAGAUAACUUUAUGGCGAACACUACUGAAAAUGAAAAAAUAUCACAAGAUGAUUUCCAUAAAGUUUGUGGUGUAAUUGAAGUGAAUUCUUUGGAUGUUCCUUUUGACGUUGCUGAACUUUCUGCUUUAUACCCAACAUUUUCUUUGCUGGAACAUGAUUGCUCGCCAAAUAUCAAGAUAUCGUUUAACAAACAAAAUGUAAUCGUUCGUUCGGCCACAUCAAUUAAAAGUGACCAAAACCUUAGCACAAUGUACACAAACACAAUUUGGGGUACUCAAAUGAGGCAAAGACAUUUGUUCAAUACGAAAUAUUUCAUCUGUGAAUGUCAACGGUGUAAAGACCCUACAGAGUUGGGAACAAAUUUCAGCAGUUUGAAAUGUUUGCAGGAUAAUUGCAAUAGUUACUUGCUACCAGAAGACCCACUGAAUCUUGAGACCACAUGGAAAUGUAACAAAUGCAAUUCUGCGUUAUCAACAUUUGACGUAGAAGAUAUACUUUCAAGAAUCGGAUACGAAGUAGAAAAAAUAUUAGAAGAGAUAAAUCCAAAUGUUCAAAGUGUCGAAAUGGUUUUAGAAAAAAUAUUAUCCGUGUUGCAUCCCCAUCAUUAUUAUUGUUUCUCAAUAAAGCAUUCCUUGAUUCAACUAUAUGGCAAUCAAGUGCAAUACGCGGCUCUAGAUCAUAAGAUCUUGACUAGAAAAAUUGAAUACUGCAAAGAAUUACUAUCGACUCUUUCGAAAUUAGAUAGUACCGGAUCAAGAGCACCUUUAUACGUUGCCAUCUUAAAUAACGAAUUAUCAUCCGCAAUUUUGGAAACAAUGAAACGAAGGUUAUCGGAGACGUUGGAUUUAUCAGCGAUUCAAGAUGAUGCCAAAGAAGCUAAAAAGUUAAUUACCAAGGCUAUAUUACUUUUGAACGAAGAACCUAAUUCGAGAAUUAAUUUACAAUUGAUUCAAUCUUGUAAAAAUGUAUUUAAAGAGAUAGAAGAAACAUUAAAAGGGGAACACAUUUCGUAGUAGGGUAAAACGUACUGUACCUAUCGAGUAAAGUUAUCCUACUCAAUAUUUUUAAAUGAACUUGGGAAAUAAGUAUAAAAGAUCACAUCACAUUAUUAAGAUGUUAACAGAUACUUACAAAUAAUAAAUGUGUAUUUCUUUAAAAGUGAAUACCAAUAAAAUAAUUACGUAUUUUAA